CCUACACGUAAAUGCGUCACAAGAGCUAUUGUUUUUCAUCUGAAGUUUUUCUUCGUCGUCUCCGGAUGUUUGUGAUUAUUUAUUUUUUUUCCACUGUAGAAUAUAAGUAGGGUCUAUGAAAUAUAUUUACUUUAAUGAAGAUAUGAAAGAAUAAUAUUAAUAAUAAUAGUAAAGGGGAACACAUAUAUUUGUGUGUGGAUAGUGAGGGAGGUGCCAGAUCGCUUCCAGUUUAUUUUUGUUGUGUCAGGGAAAUCGACAAGAUGGAACAGCAGGCAGUGAGCAGAUACCAAGUGUUAAAUAAUGAGGAUGAGGUCUCCGAGCCCUCUGUGAGUGAGGAGCCCUCUGUUUCUGGACAGACUGCGCCCCCUUCACAGACUGCAGAGCCACUGCAAUCAGAUGCUCCUCCACCUCCAUACAGCAGUGUUGCAGCAGGAGCAACUGCAGCUCCAGAAGGAGAUUUUCAAAAUUACCCUGUGCCACCUCCAUACAGUGUUGCUACCACAUUGCCCACGUAUGAUGAAGCAGAAAACGCUAAAGCUGCAGCGAUGGCGGCUGCUGCAGCAGAUGCAGCUCCAAGAGAAGACGACUAUCCGCCAAGAGAUGACUUCAGUGAUGCAGAUCAACUGAGAGUUGGCAAUGAUGGUGUAUUCAUGCUGGCUUUUUUCAUGGCAUUUCUUUUCAACUGGAUUGGCUUUUGCCUGUCCUUCUGCUUGACUAAUACCAUUGCAGGACGCUAUGGUGCUAUCUGUGGAUUUGGACUUUCCCUGAUUAAAUGGAUCCUCAUUGUGAGGUUUUCUGACUAUUUUACUGGAUACUUCAAUGGUCAGUACUGGCUGUGGUGGAUAUUCCUUGUCCUUGGCCUCCUCUUGUUCAUCAGAGGAUUUGUGAACUAUCUGAAAGUUCGUAACAUGUCCGAGAGUAUGGCAGCUUCUCAUAGAACACGUUUUUUCUUCAUGUACUAAAGAUGGUGGUAACUAAACAUUCCUUUGUGAUGUGAAAUUCCUAGACAAUUUGCAACCUACCAAGUUAACUGGAUACAAAGGCACUGGAAUUAAAUAAAUGAGCAAAGAAAAUAUCCAAAUAAAGAUUUUCUUACAGAUUUAGUAAAACAAGUUGUCAGAUUAAGUUAUGUUUACUUUUAAAUUGCAGUCGGAAAUGGUCUUGCUUAGAUUUAUCGUAUUGUAUUUACUACGGUAAAGUCUGUAAUUAUCAAAUGUACUUCUUCAAUCCAAUCUAAAAUUGAGCCAACCGUAUGCAAAUAAAGAACCCUAUGCAAAUAAAAUGUUGUUCCCAAAACUGGAUGUCAGAAACAGACCUUUUUCUAUUAACUGAUCACUUACUUGGUAUCCCUUUUGGAAUAACUUUUUUAAGUAACUGAAAAUCGAACAUCUAAAAUCCGCGUUACAGAUAUUUCCAACAAAUAUAACACAUUAAUAAGGAGGGUUUUAUUAAGUUGUAGCUUAAAUUGUAUAUAUUUCAUUAAGCUUUUGCUGGCAAAUAUUAAAUAUGCACUAUGGAGUUUUCUUUUCUUGUUUCGCUAGGCUAUGUUACAGCAGUUGCAUGUUGAUUUUAUGCAUUUAGUUGGGGCUCAGAUUACCCGGAUGAGAUUUAAACUGGAACUUGUAUGAACUGUAGCCCAGGAUAAUUGCCUUUUGGACAUUUGCCGUAUUAUUUUGUUUCUUCCUGCUAUGUUUUUUUUUUUUUUUUUUUUUU